AUGGAGCCUUCGGGAGUUGAAGCCACUGGGGAACGCAUCUUUUGCCCCGAGCAAAUACAGAUACCGCAACAGCUACACGAAGUGCUGAAGUACCUGACGAAAGAAGUGAUUCGUUGUAAUCCUGUGGGAGUGGACAAAGUGUCUAAUGAAGAAGCUCAAGCCCGAAUAUACAAGUUCGCUAUCAAGUUGUGUGAGCAAAAACUGGAGGCUCUCAACGGGAACACAGCUCUGAGUGAUUCUAAGGUAGAGGGACAAUGA